AUGGACACGCAUGGUACUUCAUCCAUUCUUACCCCAUCCGCGGCGGCACUUCAUUUAUCCCCGACUUUGGAGAUCAACGAGGCUGUCGCUCGAGCUAGAGCCUCAGGUAAGCGUAUUGUACAUCUGGGCUUCGGCGAGGCCAUGUUUCCGAUUCAGCAAAGGGUCCUCCAGAUUCAUCGCGAAACAAGCAGUCGCUCAGACUAUCUGCCUGUUGCGGGGCUGGAAUCUCUCCGCACAACUAUUGCCGAGUAUCAGUCCGGCCGGUUGGGGAUAAAGAUCCAAUCCGAUCAAGUCGUCGUCGCGCCAGGGUCUAAGCCCCUUCUAUUCGCGCUGUUCGAUAUCGUCAGAGGAGACGUUCUCCUUCCUCGGCCUUCAUGGGUCAGUUACGAGGCCCAGGUUGCUCAUGCCGGAAAAAAGCUGUUUUGGAUCGAAACAGACGAGUUCGACAGACAUACCCUGACAGCUGAAGCACUUGAAGCAGCAUACAACACCGCUAUUCAGCAGGGAGGACAGCCUCGCAUUAUGCUUAUAAACAGUCCCUCAAAUCCGACAGGGCAAGUUUUCAGCGAAGAGGAAGUUGCUCGGAUCGUUCGUUUCUGUCGAGAGCGGGAGAUUCUACUCAUAAGCGACGAAAUCUACUCGGAUAUCUGCUUCCGCACAGAAGAAAGGAAUAUCAGCGCCUUCAAGACAGCUCAAAAGGAUGGUGGAGAAGUCAUCAUGACUGGAGGAAUGUCAAAGGUAUUGUGUACUACCCCAGGUUCUCCUUCGAAGACUAACGAGGUUCAGACGUAUUCUGCUGGUGGAUGGCGCAUCGGCUUUGCCACUUUCCCUUCCUCAUCUGUCGGUACGACGAUCCAGAAAGCCAUCCUGGCUUACGCCUCGGAGUGUUGGUCAGCAGCCUCAGCACCAGCUCAGCUUGCUGCCGCUGCCGCUUUCUCCAGUGCGUUUACUGCGGACGCGAUUCUGGGCUCUGAAAUGGACCGAUAUCGGGACCUUGUGACAGUGCUACACCGUAUGUGCACAUUGCGUCUUUUCACUGCCCUUCGCGAUUGUGGACUUGAAGUGGCUGAGCCCCGUGGGUCAUUUUAUCUAUACCCUUCAUUCAGACCAUUCAGGGAGCAGCUGCGAGCGCAUCAUGUGCGAACAAGCCGGGACCUGGCGCGCUGGCUAAUCGACGAAUGCGGCCUAGCAGCACUGCCUGGGGCUGCAUUUGGAGAAGCGGAAGAGGAAGACAGCAAUUCUGGUGGUAGUCUUCGCUUACGAAUGGCGACCAGUUUCUUAUUCUAUCCUGCAGAAGACAAGUAUCAGAAAGGAUACGCACUUUUGGAGACUGCUGCACGAGGCGAGGAUAUUGAGCUACCUUUAAUGGAUGAGGCGAUAGAGUGCAUUCAAAUAGCUGUAGGCAAACUUCAGAAAUCAGGAUAG